UGCGUAUAGCGGAGCCCGUGUGUAAGAUGCGGAACUCGCUGUCAUAUGACUUUCAGGUUUGUUGCUAAAAUGCUGCUGAUCCGAGGCUGAAGUCUCCACAAAAGAAAUGGAGGAGAUAAGAGUGUCUCCUGACUACAACUGGUUUCGAAGCACUGUGCCCCUGAAACGAAUUAUUGUGGAUGAUGACGACAGCAAAGUGUGGUCACUGUACGACGCUGGGCCGAAGACCAUCAGGUGCCCGAUCAUCUUCCUUCCUCCUGUGAGCGGCACAGCAGAGGUUUUCUUUCACCAGAUUUUGGCGCUCACUGGCUGGGGCUAUCGGGUCAUUUCGCUCCAGUAUCCUGUCUAUUGGGACCUAUUGGAAUUUUGUGAUGGGUUUAGGAAACUUUUAGACCACUUGCAACUGGACAAGGUGCACUUAUUUGGCGCUUCCCUGGGAGGAUUUCUGGCUCAGAAAUUUGCAGAGGUGACUCACAAAUCACCUCGAGUGCAUUCUCUGAUCCUCUGCAAUUCAUUCAGCGACACGUCCAUUUUCAACCAAACGUGGACGGCCAACAGUUUCUGGCUGAUGCCGGCCUUUAUGCUUAAGAAGAUUGUUCUCGGUAACUUUGCCAAAGGACCUGUUGAUCCCAAAAUGGCAGAUGCUAUUGACUUUAUGGUCGACAGACUGGAGACCCUGAACCAGAGUGAACUGGCCUCUAGGCUCACCCUGAACUGCCAGAACUCCUACGUCGAACCUCACAAAAUAAAGGACGUUGCAGUCACCAUAAUGGAUGUUUUUGAUCAGAGUGCUCUUUCCAAUGAGGCAAAGGAGGAAAUGUAUAAGCUGUACCCCAAUGCAAGAAGGGCUCAUCUCAAAACUGGCGGAAACUUCCCUUACCUUUGCAGAAGCGCCGAAGUGAACCUUUACAUUCAAAUACAUCUGAGACAAUUCCAUGGGACGAGGUACGCUGCCAUCAACCCAGCUAUGGUUAGUGCAGAGGAACUUGAAGUCCAGCAGAGCAGCCUGAACAACUGCAGAGAGAGCGAUGAUGAGUCAUGAGAAUAGCUACAUUGGGCCAACUGCAGAAGUAUUCAGUGGCGUUACUAACCACCUGCCAGAGAGCUCACCCUUGGGUCUCAUGGUUUUCUACAAUGGAUUCAAUCAAAACAGUGGACUAUAAGAGCUUAUUUUUACUUUACAGAAAUGAUAUUUUGAUAUUGUAUUAUGAGUGUAAAUAAUUUUCGAUUAGGUACUUGGUCAAAGCCAAUUUCACAGGAUGCCGUUUUGAACUUGCUGCCUUAUGUGUUAUAAAUAUCUUGCGUCUGAUCUGG